AUGGCAGCCAAUUUCCGGACGCUGGAAAUCACGGUGAUCUCCGCUGGGAACCUGCAAUUAAAUCGAAAACCCAUCAGCAAAAACACCUCCGUGACCGUCCGGACCGACACCAACAGCCAGUUUCGCACCACGGACAUGGACACUGAAGGCGGCGCCUACCCACAGUGGAACGAGAAGCUUGUGCUUGACUUGCCAACGCACUCCAAGUCCAUCACGGUGGAGGUCCAAUGCCAGACUUCGUACGGCGUCAGGACGUUCGCGACGGCGAGUAUUCCGGCAUCGGAUUUUGUUGGCGGGUACGUGCCGGAGGGUUACCUGCAUUUUUUGAGUUACAGGCUGAGAGAUUACAAGGGGGAGAAGAAUGGGAUUAUUAAUAUUUCUGUGAGGAUGAAGGUUCCGGAGAUGUACAGCUCUUGUGCAAGUUCAACGACGUCGUCUCCCUCGAUGAUGGGGUUUCCGGCGGCUGGAAACAAUAGUUUUGGCGGCAACAUUGCGAUCGGAGUUCCGGUUUGGUAUGGUGCCUAUCAGAAAAAUUAUUGA